CGUUUACUCAUUUGCUCGUAUUUCACAAGUUACUACUCCCAAUGGUCAUUGGGUUAAAGGCUUCGUUACAAUUAUACACAUGUAAUUAACGGUUAGCAUACAUUGGCUUAGUUUUAAUUAAGGCUUACGGUCGUGCAAUCGUAAUAUCUUAAACUCUCAAUUUCGAUAGAAUACUUAAGAAAAUAACACGGAUUUAAUAGAGAGAGAGAGAGAGAGAUAGAGAGAGAGAGGCGAUAAAAAUACAUAACAAGGCUCUAUGUAUGAUGACUAGUGUCGGGAAACAAUAAUAUAAAUACGCAAUAAAUAGACUUGGUAACGGUGUAAUAUGAAGAUUGCCGUAGUGGGCGGAGGCUGCGUCGGGUUGACAACAGCUCUGAUAAUACAGGAGAAAUUGCGCAACGCGCACCUCGAUCUGAUAGCUGAAAAUUUCGAGCAAACGACAAGUCAUGUGGCUGCGGGUAUAUUUCGCGUGGGCGCCGCUUACUCAAGUCCCAGCGAAAGCAUUACAAGAAAAUGGAUAACGGAUGCCUAUAGCUUUUAUGAAGCAAUUGUUAAAUCGAGAGAGGCCUCGGAGGCUGGAGUUUCCAGGAUCUCCGGAUACAUUUUUUCAAAUUCUCAUGAUAAUGUGAAGAAUGAGUGGAUGGAAGGUCUAGUUCCAAUUUAUCGACGAGUCAACGAGUCGGAAAUGAUUAUGUUUGGUGAUAAUUGGAAAUACGGAUGCUUCAUAUCAACUUUAUUAACUCAGCCAAAUCAAUAUCUUAAGUGGGCAAAAAAUAAACUGAUUCAAUCGGGGGCAAUUUUAAUUACAAAGCCGAUAAUUUCAUUAAAGGAGCUCGCAAAAGAUUAUGAUCUUAUCAUGAAUUGUACGGGACUCGGAGCAAAAAUACUUUGUCAAGAUAGAAAAAUGAUUCCAAUUAAAGGUCAAGUUAUUAAGGUACGAGCACCUUGGUUAAGAACGUUUUCUUACGGCGAAAUUAAUACUUACGUUAUUCCUGGUAGUGAUGGUCUGACGACUUUGGGAGGACUAAGAGAUUUCGAAUCCUCGGAUCUUACCGUUUGCCCUUAUCAGGCAGCGGCAAUACGCGAUCGCUGCGAAAGAUUGGUUCCGUCUUUAAAAAAAGCUGAACUCGUAGCCCAUAAGACAGGUUUAAGACCCCAUAGAGAGGGAGGUGUCAGGGUUGAAGUGGAAAAAAUAAAUGACGGCUCUUACUGCAGUGCGGUUGUUCACAAUUAUGGACAUGGAGGUUAUGGCAUAUGUACAGCACCCGGUACUUCUAAAUACGCAGUUGAAUUAGCCGAAGACGCUCUCAGAACAUCAUCGAAAUUAUAAAUGAAUUUUUCUUUCGACAUUUUAUUUAAAUAAUAUUUACAGCUCUAAUAACUAACAAUAUUAGGAUAAUGGCAUAAUAUCUAUGAUAUAAAUUACAAAAUUUACAAUUAAAUGUGUUUACAAUUUUCACGAAUA